UGCGAUGGUAAACAAAAACAAAAACAAAAAUCACUAUAUAGUAAAUAGGUAGUCGAUACCUGUUAAACGUUUACUGCGUCGUCCGUUCUCCAACUCAUACCGUUCGGCAGCAUCAUAUUAUUAUUAUUAUUAUUAUUAUUAUCAUUAUUAUGUCGUCGUAAUAUUACAUUUUUAUUAUAUUAAAAUUACGGGUUUGGCGGUGGUCAAUGUUGUCCCGGUGAUCAAGCUCUAUCGAACGGACGGCGACCUAUAACGUCAGAGCGGCCCAGAUUUUUCAGGUCCACGGCGACUUAACUAUACACACUCGCAGUCUUACGUACCGAAUAGUGUAGUCGCAUGCUUUGUGUGGUACGGCACCGAAAUCCAUUGUCGUCCUCAGUCGAUAGUCCCGAAAUUACAACAUCCGUCGAGAGCGCUCCGCGUACCCGACACCCGACUGAGUCGUCGCACCCGCCGCUGAGCUGCCCUCAUUUCACCGUUCGCUCUGUUCGUUUGCGGGUCGUCUGCCCGCGUUUGCCUCUCACUGGUCCACCCUUACGCCAUUGAGAAUAAAGUAAAUCGCAUCGUCUGUCGACGUACCGUUAGUUGCGGCCGACUGUGUUUCCUUCAUUUCGCAUUUAUUACCGUGGAAAUCUGUCACCGCCGUGCGGCAUCGAGCACUCCACUCGUCUGACUACCGUUUGAUCGCUAAAACGUCUUGCACCCGACCCGACACCGCCAUUUGUCGUGCGUUCUGGGUGUUGUCCGCGCACGACCGUUCCGCGAGUUCCGUCAGCCCGACGUUUCCCAUCGCCGUUUCAUCGAUCGCGUUUUCGUCGUUGUCGUCGUCUAGCGUACCGUGUUCUGCGUAAGUGCUCGCCGACGCCGUCAACCGUCGUCCAUUACGCCGAGUACGAACACGCGCGCGCUCGCGCACACAAGGUAAGUCGACUCGUCUCGAGAGUUUGACCGUCGUCGUGUGAUGGCCGCCAAGAGGUCGGUUUCACCCGGACCCAUUGACCUGAUGAAGGAAAUAAUGAGAUUAAUUGCUGAACCGAAUUCGGUCAACAACAAAAAAAGACUGGAAGUUGCUUAUUUCCAACACCCAUCUAAGACGGUUGAUCCAACAACUUGUGAUCUAUGUAGUGAUAGUACAGGAUUCGUAUGCAGCAGCCAGUAUCAAAAAGGCUCAAAUCACCAGAAAAAAUAUGAAGCGGUUAGACUCAAGAUUAAUAAAAUAUUUGAUUUUGAAUAUCCGUUCAAUCCAUUUGAAUCAUUCCUCGAAGAAGUACCUAUACAACGCAAAUACAAUGUUAAACUUCCUGCCAGAAAACAGUUAGAUAAACUAAAAAUGAUUCGUAAGAACGACAGAUGUGUUGUGUGUAAAAAAGGUGUUCUUCAAGCACGAUUGGUACAAUGUCAUUACUGUAUUCGACUUUAUCACCUCAAUUGUUUGGAUCCUCCUAUCCGUGAUUGGGAUCAUAGUAUGAGAUGGAUUUGUCCAGCACAUGAUGAUUUCUUAGAAUUAGCAUAUCCUGACGUUUUCACUCCUGGUCAAGGACUACUUACUACUAAUAGUAUAACAACCAAGAGGACCCGAUGUGAGCUGCCCAGUAUACCUGUAAACAAAUUUUUCAACAUACCCAGUAAAAUUGACGCCAUGUAUAAAAAGCCAGAAGAUAAUGUUCCAACAACAUCAACUGAAAACUCAUCUUUAAAUAUUUUAUGUGAUGUUGCUUCGUUUGCAUUGGAAUCGAUAAAUGCUGAUCAUAAGAUAAAUGACGCUGAUAAUGUUUCAAAUGAUAUUUCUGACAAGUUAUUGCAAAAAAGCAAUUUUUUGCCAUCUAAAAAAUGUUGUGCCACUUUAUCUUGUUUAUCUGUACCCUUAAAUAUUUCUGUACAGAGAGAAGUAAUUACGAUUGGCAAGAGUCAUAAAAAUAAACUAUGUUUACUACCUUAUGGAAAUUGCGAGUAUAUUUCUGAUUAUCAUGCCACCAUCAGAUUUGAUAAAGUAUGUAUUAAUUAUUUUAUAAAAAGUUUAACAUACCUUUUAUAUAUAAUACUUUUAUUCUAGUAACUUAUAAUCAAG